AUGGCAAACCACAUCAAAAAUGUUGCUAUCGUCGGCGUAAGUGGAAACUCUGGUCGUUGGAUGACAGAAGCCCUACUCAAGGCAGGCAAGCACACUGUCACGGCCGCCGCCAUGCGGUUGGACAGCCAAAGCACGUUUCCCGAUAGCGUGACAAUCCACAAGAUCGACUACGACAAGCCUGAGCCGCUUGUCGAAGCAUUCCGCGGCCAGGAUGCGCUGGUCAUCACCCUCAGUGGCCAAUCUCCAAUCCAGCAGAUCGAAGAAAAGCUUGUCAGGGCAGCUGCUGAGGCGGAAGUACCAUGGAUACUGCCAAACGAAUGGUCCCCAGACACCGUGAAUGAUGUCUUCAUCCUAAAGCCCAAGGGCAAUGGCCACUCGAAACCUCAUCGAGAAGACCGGAAAGAGCUCGUACAUGGCAGUCGUAAGCGGGUCUGGUACGAAUGGAGUUUUGCACUUCCCCAUGGCUUUGGCAUCGACCUUGUAAACCACCGCGGCUGCCCCGGGAAGACAUCGACGAAGCGACAAAAGUGGCACUUGAGCGUGCAAAGGCCGGGCCCGAAUCGGUGGGUAGGAGGCGGCUAG